AUGGGGAAGGGAAAUAGCAAAUUAAAGGGUUCUCAAAUUAGAGAACUAGCUGAACAAACUUAUUUUACCGAAAAAGAAAUAAAGCAGUGGUACAAGGGAUUCGUACGGGACUGUCCUAAUGGAAUGCUCACAGAAGCAGGAUUCCAAAAAAUUUACAAGCAAUUUUUUCCACAAGGCGAUCCCUCCGACUUUGCUUCGUUUGUUUUCAAGGUGUUUGAUGAAAACAAGGAUGGAGCCAUUGAAUUCCACGAGUUCAUUCGUGCUUUGUCAAUCACAUCACGCGGAAACUUGGAUGAGAAACUUCAUUGGGCCUUCAAACUUUACGAUUUGGAUCAGGAUGGGUUUAUCACGCGGAACGAAAUGCUGUCAAUAGUAGACUCCAUCUAUAAAAUGGUCGGAACCAGUGUACAGCUUCCUGAAGAAGAGAACACGCCGGAAAAAAGAGUUGAUCGCAUUUUUAGAAUGAUGGACAAGAAUAACGACGCUCAAUUGACACUCGAGGAAUUCAAAGAGGGCGCGAAGGCAGAUCCUUCUAUCGUCCACGCUCUUUCACUGUAUGAGGGUCUCUCCACUUGA